UAAAUGACGUGUUUUUGCGAGCACGCUUGACUUCAGUGGAAUUCUAUUGGCGGACUUAAAAAAGUGCUGCGGACCAAUGACGUCGCGUUUUGUUGAGACGUUCCUAAUAACAUUUCUGACAGAUACGAAAGGAGAAGGCCAUAAUCGCCAUGGAGUCAUCUUCAGUGUACAUGUGCUUUCCCUGUUAUCAGGAGUUUCCUACUCUUGAGGAAGUGCUUGCACAUCAGAUGACCUGCACUGCAGAGAAUCCACAACUGCUGCCCAAUGAGACGCCGAUCGAGGCUGCAGCUGCCGCCGCUGGUCUGGCACAGGUGGCGAUGCAGGCUGUGUCAGUUCCCCAGAUCCAGACUCAGACAGCUGUUGAUCUGUCAUCUCUGCUAGAACAGAAGAAAACGCUUCAGGCGGAUGCUCCUCGUGUUCUGUAUCAGUGCGCUGACUGUGAGGUUCUCUUUGAUGCUCUGUCACUUUGGCAGCAUCACCGCAAGAUGGGCUGUUGUCUUGAGACGGGACCUGGGCCUGGAGGAGAGCAGAGUAGAGAAAGUGUUGAAACAGCAACUCAGCCGGUUCCUUCCCAUCCAGAAUAUCAGGCACAGAAUGCACACGAACAGAUGGAGGCGAAAGAUGAGGGAAGGCAGGCUGAAAUGAAUAUGGAGAACACUACUCAAGUAUUUGUGGCAGCAGGAGAGGUUUCUGAAAGAGUAGACGCACCUGAUGGUGUUCCCAGUGAACCUCCAGAGACUUCGGACACCCAGGAAACUGCACCUGUGGAGUCCUCAGCUGAAGAAAACAGUUCUGCCACAAGGCGCAGGGGCCAGAAAAAGGCUAAGCCCCCCUCCAGCCUGCUCUGCGUGGAGUGUGGGCAAAGCUUCAGCCUGGUUCCAGAGCUUGUGACUCACCGCAAGACUCAGCACGGCUUGAAGGAUGCCAUACACCGCUGCACGGUGUGCGGAGAGGGCUUCCUCAACACCACUCUUUUCCUCUAUCACCGAAAGCAGCACCGCUCAGAGGUGGAGGAUAAACCCAAGCAGGCUCAACCAGCCAUUCCUCAGCUCUCCACAGCCAUGCUGGAGGCCCCAGGUGAGGGACUCUUGCUUUUAGCCGCAGCUGGAGAAGGCCAGAGCCUAAUGGAGGUGACCACUCUGGAACAAACCAUAACUGAGACCCCUGUAGCACACGUGGAGGUUGAGCUGGACAAUGAUGGGAUGAGAGGAUCCGAGGCUCUUCAGACUGAGCAGGAACCUGCAAUGGAAGGCACAGAGGUUUUUGUGGAGAUGGUGGAGGAGAGUAAUGGAGCAAACCAGGAAGAAGGAAUGGAGGUGGUCAUUGAUAAGAUGCAAGAAGAUGUGGAGAUGGAAAAAAGCACUGUGGUUGAGGAGAUCCAAGGAGAGGUGGAAAGUAGCACAGACAAGAAACCUGGGAAAGCUCCAUCUUCGAGCACAGAAGGACAGCAUUUCCUUUGCCAUCAAUGCGGAUCUGUUUUCACCAGUGUCCAGAAGUUGGCCCAGCAUCGCAGAACUGACCACGGCCUGGAGGCGGCGUUGCACACCUGCGAAGAGUGCGGGGCUGAGUAUAUCAGCACCACACAGUUUUUGUACCAUCGGCGGGAGCAUAAGAAUGCAGCUGCGAAGGAACCUGGGAAAGCUCCAUCUCCGAGCACAGAAGAACAGAAUUUCCUUUGCCAUCAGUGCGGAUCUGUUUUCACUAGUGACCAGGAGUUGGCCCAGCAUCGCAGAACCGAGCACGGCCUGGAGGCGGCGUUGCACACCUGCGCAGAGUGCGGGGCUGAGUUCAUGAGCACCACACAGUUUUUGUACCAUCGGCGGGAGCAUAAGAAUGCAGCUGCGGGACAGCCACCCGCUAGUGAAGUGAAAGGCAGACUAUACCCUACUGCAGCUCCAGCUGUUGUUGUGAAACCCAGAGACAACGUGAACCUCAGACAACCAGCAGCAGCAGCAGCGGCUGCAGACGGCGCCAUUGAGGCUCCUGCCAAGCUGAGCCGCGACUGGUCACGCACCGCCCUGCCACACGAGUGUCCACAUUGUGGGCAGGGCUUUACGCGGCGCAGCCGUCUGCGUGAGCAUGUGUUCCAGCACACAGGUGAGAAACUCUUUAACUGCAAAAUCUGCAAAAAGAGCUUCCCAUCUCCGGCCAACCUGCUACGUCACAACCUGACCCACGGAGGAUCUCGCGUAUUCAGCUGUCCCCUCUGUGACAAGCGCUUCUUCCAGCCGACAUCACUCAAACGCCACAUGCUGAUUCACCAGGGGGGUGAAAGCCAGGAGCGCAAGGUCAGAGGCAGAGGAAAAGGCAGGGGGCAAUCAAGCGAUGGGCGUCUGCACAUCUGCCCAGAAUGCCCAGCCAGCUUCAAGUUUGAGGCCCAGCUGAACAGUCACAGACUCCUACACACCAGCCAUCCAUUCCCUUGCAAUGUGUGCGGGGAGGCAUUUAUACGACGCAAAGAGCUGGACCUCCACUCUCUCAUCCACCAAGAUAAAGAACCAAAGACGUGUCCUAACUGCAGCUCUCAGUUCCUGAAUCAGACAGUGCUGGACACACACCUUCAGCGCUGCACAGGGGAGGAGAUGGGCCACCGCAAAUAUAAAGGUCAGGGAAGAGGCAAGGUGGGAGGUCAGCUGGAGUGUGACAUGUGUGGCCACCGCUGCGUGACUCAGGAUGGUCUUGACCUGCAUCGCCUCUCCCACACGGGUCAGACACCCCUGAGGUGCCCACUUACCCCCUGCAGACGUCGCUUCGCCUCCAGUGCUGCUCUAGGGGAGCAUCUCUUGGCCCACUGCUGUGGAGCAUUAGGCAAACGAAACGCCCCACGCCGAUUCACCUGUGAGUUCUGCGGGAAGGAGUUUGCCUACGUUUCCACCUUCACCGUUCACAUGAGGACGCACACCAACGAGAGACCCUUUGAGUGCACUUAUUGUGGGAAGCGUUUCCGGCAGCUUCCGCACCUGCAGGAUCACGAGCGCAUUCAUAGCGGCGAGCGGCCGUUCACGUGCUGGGUGUGCGGUAAAAGCUUCAGUGUAGCAGCGAGGCUAACGGAGCACGCCCGUGUGCAUAGCGGCGAACGACCGUACAUCUGCCCUAGGUGUCCCACCGCCUUCCGCUCACGACCCAACCUCGACAAACACAUGCGUCUGCACGCCAACGACCCCGUGGAUCCUUCCGCACAGAACAUGGAUGAUGAUGCAGCAGUGCAGACCAUCCUCUUAGUACAGGAGUCUACUUCAUCUUCACCAUCCUCCUCCUCAUCCGCUGUGCCUGUGGUCCAGGAGGGCAUGUUGGUGGCAGAGGAAGGCAGCUCCUCUGUGGUCUUCCUGCACCCCAACCUUACCAUGCCCACCAUCACUGUGCCAACUAUCUCAGUUCCCAACAUCUCUGUAGUGGCAGGUCAGGAUGUGCCUCACACUAUUGAGGUUAUCUUAGAGGAGACUGUGUAAAAACAUAAUCAGAUGAAUGCAAAGGGGACAUGGGGUGGGGGUUGAACAUUAUUAUUAUUAUUAUUAUUGUUGUAUUUUAUUUUUUAUUUUUUGAAAGAGAAAGGCAGAUUCAGCAAUAGGUAAAACAAUAGGUCAGGACUUAACAAAAGUUUAUAUGUGAAUUUCUGAGAGAUGCCUUGUUGAUUUAAGAUGUAUUUUGCUUUUGCAGUUUAGAAGUACAACAACUUAGCAUCUUUACCGUGGAAAAAAAUUAAAUCACAAAGGUUUUUGCCAAUGUAUGGCAAUGUGGUAAUUAUGCUGUGAUUUUAUCUUCUGAUUUGAAUGUUUUAUCUGCCUUUAAUACAAAAAGUGGACCAUAAUUUGUGGUGUUUAAUUUUAAUAAAAAGUUUGAGUUUG